AUGGAAGUUGGACACCCUGAAUCGAAUAUUGAAUGCCAUUUUUAUGAUGAAGCCUUUCCUGCACUUCCGACAAGCAGUCCGACACAGCAUAUAGUUUCAAAUGGUCUCGAGUCCUUCAAACCGGCCACGGUAACGGAAGUAAGUCACUGAACCAUCCCUUUGGAUAUGCCUUUUCCUCUAGAGUAUCGAAAUUCCCUGGGAAGAAAGACGACAGCAAGGUUGCGGUGAAGCUGACGGUGUCCCUCUCGAGGCUGCUAGGGUGUGUGCAACCAUUGCUAGAGCUACAGGCGUAAAGAUUGAAAUUGCCAAUUCGAAACUGAACUCCCUAAACAUUUUCCUCACCGGUUCCAAGAAUGACGUCGCUCACGCUAAGUGUCUAGUUGUCCAGGAUCUCCAACAGCAGGUAGGUUUGAGACUGCAUUGUUUUCUGCAGCUUGACGUAGGCGCUUUCUCGUUCACCUUGAUAUAAAACACCACAUUCCUCCUCCAACUUAUAGUCCUUUUCAUUUGCCUGCAUGAAAGCCAGUCUGUUUCAGACCACACAGUUCGUUCUUUAGACGCCACAACCUAGUUUUUUAAAAAAAGUGACUAGCUUUACAGAUGGGGGUGUUGACUUCAAACCUUCCAAUUUCCCAUUAUUUUUGCACACGUCAGCUUAUUUGCAUUCUUAGCCAGCUACGUUUUUGUCAGUUAACUAUUGUGGAAUUAAUCUAGUUUAAAACACGGACGACUUCUCAUGUACACAGCACAUUAACCUUUCUGCUCAGGCAACGAAGACAAUAAAAGUUCCCACUGAAUUUCACCGUUUCCUAAUUGGACGUAACGGCGAACGAAAACGCCAGUUAGAGGCUGAUACAAUGACCAGGAUCUCUGUGCCACCUCCAAGCAAAAACCUAAAUGAGAUAACGCUGACUGGUCCAGUGGCCUAUCUCGAUGCUGCCGAAAAGGAAGUUCGUCGCAUUGUUGACCAUCACGCCCAACAAGCAUACGAAAAACUGGAUAUUCCCAAAAUAUACCACCCUUUUAUUCGUGGACCGUAAGUUCCGUUUUUUCUCUGUCACGUUUAUUUAACUUAGGAGUUUUCUGCCUUAAGUGUUUUUCCACUUUUGUGAUCGCUGGCAGCCUGUUGACGUCGCAGAAAAUCAGGUCCAUUCAGCGCUCUCAAUUACACGUAGGCUUUAUUACAACGACCCGAUGAAACCCGUGUGCCAAAGGAACUUAUGUUCUGAUUACCCAUUGCAUUUUUUAAGCGGCCCAUUUUACUAAACAUCGAUUACACUCUGGUUUUUGUCAUGUACAAAUUGCAAUCCAGGCUGAACUGAAUAGGGUGUCCGGCGUCCGACAAGCUCGUCCAUCAGACGAGUACCUCAAAGCAAACACAACCAGGCAACUCCUUACUCCGUUUUCGUGUUCUGUUGGCAUAUUACAGCUGGGAUUCGCUAUUUUGACUAAUGAACUGAACCUAAUACCACCCCGAGAUCGCCUGAGUUGGACAAGCCCAACUAUUCAUCUGUGAUGGCUUUACACUGACACACCGCCUAUCCAUCACUCAAUCUUUCUGUUUGUUGACCUAUCUGUUCUGGUUUUGUUGUUCACGGGUACUCGUUAGGCCAACUCCCAAAUCCUUAUUCGUACAACGAAAUAUUUUCACCUUAGUUUAGAGCCGCCUGUAGCUGUGCAUUAAACCAGUUAGUUUCAUUCGUUCUCAAGUGUUUGAAAUUUCCUUGCGCUGUUUCUUCUCUUAUUUUUGAAGAGGAAAUAAAUUUGUUAACGAGUGGCGGGAACGAGCGGGCGUCGUCAUCUCAUUCCCACCAGGCGACCACGUGGCUGUUUCUGGGAAGCGGAAGGAAGUAGCUCAGGCUGUACAAGAAAUAUUGAAAAUAUACAAGUCCAGAGCUGAACGGUGCACUACUAUUCCAGCCGUGAUUCAACGCGAAAAACAUCGCAUGGUGAUUGGUGACCGAAAUUCUGGCAUCCAGAAAAUUCUUGAGGAGACUAACGUCUCGCUAGAACCGCCUGUUGAUUCUGACAGCGACGAGUUCACGCUUCGAGGUUUUCCAGAAGACCUAGGCCGCGCCCUGACAAUGGUUUUUAAACGAGCAUCAUCUUCCACGACGGAGGAGAUAUCUGCGCCGCAGAGGCUCCACAGAAUCCUUAUAGGCAGAAAAGGAGCUUCCUUGUCUUCUCUUCGAGAGGGUUAUGAGGCAGUAAGUUGUACCCAAUUCGCCUAUGUUCAGUAGUUUACUGUUGUCCUACGCUUUUUUGGGCCAUUUUACAUCUUUGUUUAGAUGCAUUUUUUUCAGAUGUAAUCGCUAUGGCUGUUUCCAUAAAAUCAUAUCAAGCCUGUAGUUUGCAUGCUUCUUAAAGCUCACCACGUUGAGGUUCUACUUAUCACAUAUCCUGCACCAUAUGACUGAUAGAAAACCCAUUGUUCUCUUUGCACCCUCACUCCAUUUGCCCUAGGCGUAUUUGUCCAUGUCACCUAGGUACUAUAAUUGCACUUGGACCAGGCAAGCCUUUUCCUUUUGCAUUUCUGACGUUACUUACUACUGUAUUAUGAAAGACUACUCCGACUUUCGCCAUGAUACUUUCCUCUUGCUUUUUUAUGAAACGCGUCCUUGGCAUUUUACCUGUUUUAGGUCCGGAUUGACUUCCAAAACAACAGUGAUAAAAUUCUGGUUGAAGGUCCUCCUGAGGAAGUUGCAGUGAUUGUGGACCGCUUAAAGGCCAGGAUAAAUCAGCUGUCUGCAAGUUUUUACGUUGAAUCAGUUAGAGUCGACUCCAAGUUCCACGAAAAGUUGCUUGGUAGCCAAGGUAGCAUUAUGCAGUUUAUACGCUCCAACCGCUACGACGUUCGACUUCCGUCCGCAACUGAGGUUGGAAAACCGGAAGACCCGAACGUAGUCUAUCUUGAGGGUGAGGAAUACAAUGUCAAGGCUGUAAAGGCAGAGAUCGAAAGACUGAUACACAAGCUGGUCAGUUGUACACCGUUUAUUGCCUCUUUUUUUUUUAGUACGUGCCUUAUUUUUGCUCGAGCGUUGUCCUCAUUGUCGCACCUAACUGUGCUGCGACCCCGUUAUCUCUUAUUCAGAACCCGAUACUUUAUCAAAUUCUAUCACCAGGGGACGUCAAGUGUUGACUAAUUGACCGAAGCCCUUGCAUGUUUGACUAAAUUUUAUUAACGGACUACGUGGCUUACCCGAGGCCGUAUUAUGACCGGAGUCAUUUGGUGGUCAUCCUGUUAGCCGACUUAUUGUGGGUACACCACUAAGGAAUAGUCGACUUCGUUCGCUAUUCUGUGCUCCCCCUUAGCUUGUGUCCUUCAACAAUGCAACUGUUUUUGGUAAGAGCACAUUUGCAAAUCUACAAAACACCUUUCUGCCCUACUACAUGGAAUGCUUGUGUACUGUUGAUUUCUGUACAGAACUGGUCCCUUUUUUAAUCCGUCACCUACCGCAUUUAACAUUCUACGGAAAGAGUUGGACCGAGUCUCCGCGUGCCCGCAUCCUCCCAUUCUACGUCCAAUUUAAACCUCCCGCAUAUGCGCCAGCGUUUGGUGACAGAUAUCGAGCGUUUCUUAGAUAAAAAAACAUGAACCUAGAAAAGCCAGCGCCACUCGUUUGCACUGUGUUAACAACAGGAUGAUAGACGCAGUUUAAUUACGAGUCCCGCCCGGCAGUAACGCGUGAAGUAAACCAACUUAGACUGGAUUGGGAGGCCCGCCGAGUUGAACUUACUAACAUAGUACGUGCCCAUCGUAUCUUUUCCCAGAGGCGCUGGGAAUCAUUCACCUAUUAUAACUUGUCUGGUCCUAUAAGUUGAAUGCUAAGUAGACGGCAGCCGAGUUCUGCGGAGUCAAUAAGACUGGUUUCGCUCCACGCUCCUGCAUAACAUGGGUAGGCCACUCCUUAUCACCAACCCCGAUUCGAUUAUAAACUAUAGUGGGCAGCUUCUAUGGCAGUUAUUUCUUUCUCUAUAGGAAAAUGAGAAAACGAAGGAUAUGAUUGUCGAUCCCCGUAUCCAGAAGCUGCUUCGGAUUGGUAAUCCUCCCCCUAUCCGACAAAUAGAGGAGAAUUUUCCUGAGGUCAAAAUCCUUUGGCCUGAUGUCUCGGGGCCGCGCCGAAGGAAUACUGAUGCUGCAGACAGUUCGUCCGUCAGCUUCAUCGUGCAACUUAACGGUGUGCGAGAUCAGGUGGAUGCUGCGUCCGACCGCCUGCAUAAGCUCAUUAAACAGGUCAAGGAGGAGAACUACGAGCAAGAGGUAUGCAUAUUAAUCUUGUUCUGGCGUACUAGCACCUGUCCGUUCUCUUUUGGCCUUCAAAACAAAAUUCCACAAAUCUUUCCAACAGAUCCGUCUUUUCAAGGAUUGUCUCCAGCGUUUGCUGGGUGCCACGAUUGUACGUCUGUUAGAGGAGACAAAAACGCGCAUCCACUACACGCCUGCGUCUGCAGACGGUUCACAGGUCGUGGUCAUUAUUGGUCGCCAGGAGAACGUUGAGGCGGCCGUCCAACGGCUUGAGAAGUUACAAAAAUCUCUUGUAAGCGUCCGCAUUUUUUCUGCUUUUAUCUUCUUGCUCAUAGGUAGCUAUUCUUCUUUCUAACUGGCGGCGGCAACAGCGCCGGCAUUUGUCUGCACAUUUAGUUCCACUCAUUUACUACCUCAUGUCAAGUUCUUGACUGACGAAGAUGUAGACGGGUGUGUGCGUAUCAAAAAGGGGGAAAAAUCAUGCACCACUGAUAGGUCACUUAGGAUCGGUAGUUGGAGACAUGAAGUCUAGAUCACGUCUAACCUUUCCGAUUUUGAUGGUCUAACGGCCGUACGUGUGCCUCACUGAUAGUCGCAGCGCAUAAGAGAACUUCCUCCCUGGUUGAAAAGCCUGGGCCGCAGAUCUACUAAGUCAACUUCACAACCAAACCAACAAUAUAUUGGAGUUGCUUAUAGUGACUACUUACUGAAUUCUGUAGGAAAGCUGUUAGCCAUUGUAGAUAAGGGACCAGGUCACUUUCCACAGCCUGCCGGUCGACGAAAAAGUGAGCCAGAAUCAGCUUCCAAGUUAUCGUUGUGGAAGAUUGCGACAGGUAUCACAUGAUUCUACUGACAGUGACGUACUUUCCGAAAGUAUAAAUCGCGCACAACUUGAAAUUUUGACUCGGUUGAUGCACGUAUUGGAUGCCAAACAGAAAAUCCACCCAGAAAAACGUGUGUUCAGCGAAAACCCUUGGUCUAAGACGACUGACAAAAAUAUGUCCGACUUGGAUAUCCGCUUUAGAAUAAUGCGUAAGCUCUCGUUAUUCCAGCCUCAUCGAUGACCUAGGCCUCGAAAGCUUACCCACUGGUGGUGCUGAACUAUUGCUCAGUUUCCAGGUAUUCAUAUACAGGGGUUAGAGUGUGGAUGGCUGGUGAUAUCAAGCUAACCAGAGAUGACAGCUGAAGUCUGUAUUGUACCUAUAUGACUGAGCACUCAGUGCCACGUGAUCGUCUGCAAAGGCUCACAUGUGCCACUCCAUGACAAAAUGAAACGUCUGUAUUCCAUUUUGCAAUCAUAUCGGAUCGACGGAUGCAACUCUCCCAUGAAAGCGCAGACGUUCAUGAAAUGUUUCUCAGCUUGCCAACUGUUGUUAUUUGGAAAAAUGUUGUAUUACAUGUGCUUUUUUAUUUUGCGCCCUGUAUACUCUAAAGUGACUAAUUCAUUCGCUUUGUUACCUUCCAGGCCAAUAUUCAGGAAAUAACGGUUCAGCUUCCAUCCCUCCUUCUUUCUAAAUUUGCCGACAAUCCUGCCGUUCGACUACGCUCUAUUCGCGAACAGUGUGAGGGCGUACAACUCAAGAUUUCGAGAGCCCAGCCCCGCCAACUGGUUAUCAGUGGUCCACCAGAAGCGCUGGUGAAGGCUAAGUCACUAAUCGACUCAAUGUCUGCAAAAAUGAUGGAACGGUGUGCUGAUGUAAGCUGUACUUGCGCUGCAAUCACUUUGAAAUCGUCGGUUUCUUGAGAAUGUAUUUUUUACUGUAUUUAUUUAAUACUACAACAUUUUCACCCUUUAGGUCACCGUCUAUGCAGAUCCCAAAUUCCAUGGCCACUUAAUUGGUCGUGGUGGAGCCAAUCUGACGCGUUUCCGUGAAAAGCACAAUGUCGAAAUAAUCUUCCCUGACCGCAACGAAGGCGACCCAAAGCUGGCCUCCGAAAUCCACAUAAUUGGCGAGAAGGAAUCUGUCUCUAAGGCUCAAAAAGAGUUUGAACAGAUGAUUAAAACUAUGGAGGAUGAAGUCGACGCAACAGUUGAAGUGGACAGCUCCUUGAUCAGGGAUAUGCUUAACUACCGUGCCUGCUUCAACUACCCCGAGCUUGAGAGGGUGAAGGUUGUCUGGCCCAAAGUUCCUGGCGCCACCAGCCCUGGCAACGUUGCUCGUCGGUACCAAAAGGAACGAACAGAACCUCAACAACAGCAACCGACGGGUGACGUUCCCAUCCGUCUUUUUGGUGCGAAGGCGUGUGUGGAGGUAGGGAGACUUUUUAGUGGGAAUUUUGCCACAGCUGCCAGAUCUGCUAGCUGUAAUCUUCUAUCCCUCUACUUUUCAUGGAAUAUUGAAGCCAGAGGCAUAGUUCUACCCCAAACUAAGUUUUACAGUGACAAUUUUAGGGUACUACUACAACCACCACUAUCAUUACUGCUGCACUCCACAUUAAUUUGCUUCGAUUUGAAUGGUGUCUUUGAAAUUUCCGCAACUGCUAAACAAUUUAUGUCAAACACGAGCCUCCAUCGUCCAGGUUCUUCAACCAUGAACUUCGACAUCUGUUAGUAGAUCUAUCCGUAAUCUUAAUUAUGUUUAAACGACCUCAUCUUGUCGUCAGAACUAACUACCUCACUUCUGUGUCGGCUUUACUCAUGAUCAGUAAUGCGCUAUUUUCCACUGUCUCCUAUUAACCAAGGGCGGUUUGUUUUUAGUUUGCCAUUCCUAGCUUUCCGUUUUAUAUAGUCAUCUCCCGUUCGUGAUAAGGCAACUUGACUAUGCCUGUGAUCUGUCUUUGCAGCGGCUGCUUCAUUGUUGUCUUUCUUGUUAACUCAGGCUGCCCAGCAGUGUCUCGAAAACAUGGUUUCUGACCUAAAGUGCCAGACCGUUGUAAAACAUCCACUUACUGAGGCCAGUCACUGUCAAAUCCUUAAUAAGUUUCGCUCGGGCCUCGGCGACAUCCAACGAAACUACAAUGUGUUCGUCACCUUCCAGUUCAUCCCCGUCUCCAAGGGUAUGUCCCCGUGUUCUGUUUUCUUUUUUGGCAUUUGGCAUCCAUCUCAUGCGGCAUCUCUUACCAGUUGUUUUUUUGUAGGUGAGUUGGACGGGGAGAAGGGAGAUGUAUAUGGUUAUAUUGUGCUUACCGGUCGUCCUGAAAGGAUCGAAGCGGCACUAAAGAAUGAGCUUCUGCCACUGUUGCCUAUCACAGAAACCUACGAGUUUCCACAGGAAUUUCAUGGCAAACUUUUUUCCACUGACCAACCUCGUCAUGCUGGUAAACUAAAGUUCCAAAAGCAAACCGGGCGAGACCAGCACGCCCCCAAUCAGAACGGACGAAACACUAAAGAAUCGGAGGUUGUGAAUACCGCCCAGUUCGAUGGCCACAUGACGAAGCUUAUGGAAUUGCAAACUAAGUUUGAUGUGAGCUGUCGUGUGUUUACCUUUUUGUCUCCAUUUUUCGAUACACUCAUAUUGACCGGAAAGCUAUCCAAAUUCUUCUGUUCUUUUCUUCUAUUAUCUGAACAGUAAUUGCCUUAAUUCUACCGUUUUGGGUUGUUCUCUUCCUCAUUGUUCUCAUUUGUGUGUUUCUUUCGUGACGAGUCAUCCGUUAUGCGCGGGAAGUUUUGUGUCGUUUACCGCCACCAGUAGCUUUUCAGCCUAUCACGAAUAAGUAGCCACAUUAUUGCUUGGCUUUUCAAACAUAACCUUCCAAUACACGCUUCAUUUUUCAUCCAGGUCUCCCUGCAAUUACCCCAGCGAGGUCAGCGUGGCGCCAAUUACAUCAAAAUCCGUGGUUCCCCAGAUCAUAUAGAGUCCGUAAAAGCUGAAUUAGAUGCUCUCCGCAAGGUAUAUGAAGAAGAGAAGGCCGAUUGGAUGGCUCGUUCAUACACGGAAACGCUGCCGGUCGAGGAGCGUUUUGUCACACGUAUAAUGAACGAGAAGGACCGCCUUUACAAAUCAUAUGGCGUGGUGAUUCACGUUAAAUUGUCUCCACGACAGCCACCAGCCGCCGCUGAAGAACCCGGAAACACCGAGGCAGCACCAAAGCAACCGGAAGAAACACAGAAAGAACUUUCAGAUGUGCAACUGCUCUCUGACGAGACCGAUGCCGCUGAGGAAACUCAUGCCGCCAGUGUCAAGAAUGAAGCCAGACCGGAGACACCAACGGUGUCCCAGCCUUUUCUUAACAGUUAUCGUCUUGUCAGGACCUCCAUCACGUCUAUCGUGUUACAAGGUUACAAGGAGAAAGUUGAGGCUGCCCGCAAGGAGCUAGAGACCCUUCUGGAAAAAUGUGCUACCUUCGUCUGUGAACAACUGCAUAUUCCCUCGAAGGUAUGUGGCAUCGAUUGUACGCAAUUACCAGUCGACUUUUCUACUCAAUUUUUAUGUGUUGGCGCUCAGACUUUUUUAGUCGAUAUCUUUACAACCUUUCUUCCAAUUAACCGCGCAAAGGAUACCUUGCCGAUGCACGCCACUCCGAAUUGCGUGUACGAAUUCACAUGCACUUGCGGAUGCAGGUGCAUUGGGCGAACGCAAAGGCAAUUGGCAACCAGGGCCGCCGAACACUUGCCUAAUUGGCUUUUCAAACAAGAAAACAAAACUCCUCGUUCGUCUAUAAAGAAACACCUGUUAGAUAGCGGUCAUGUUGUCGACCUUAAAACAGCUUUUCGAGUAAUUGUCCGAGCGCGUACACCUCGAACCUUGCACCACUUGGAAGUAGCCUACAUACGGCGGGAGACACCAGACCUAUGCGAUCAGUUAGACCACGUGGGCAACCUGCAAUUGCCCUGGUAGCCUUCGCACCUCGAUCUACUCGCGACUGUGAUUUGUGUUAAAACCGUCUCUUUAUUGUGAAUUCCGACUGAAUUCUACUCAUUUUGGAAAGUGAAGAGACAUGGAAGGUCAUACUGGGAUGGCCAUUUCAGGCUCGCUUUCGCCUUUACUGAGUCACACCUUGUUCCCAACUUGAAAAUAUUUGUGAUUUAAUCCUAAAUUCUGGACUUUGAUAGCAGCCACAGCCUCAUGCUCAAUCAUCCGUAUUUCUUAAUGUCCAACGUAUUUGAAGUGCAUGUCAUACCUGAUUACGGGACCAGUCUUGCUUGUCGCGUGCGUGGACAUUGUUGACCACUAGAUCAUAUUGCAACAGGCAAAGCCGCUGAGCAGACGGAACGCUGCGCCCCAUCUCUGGUCUCGUUCUCGGGUAUCCAUGCUGAGGUUCUGUCUUCCCACAAAGAUAAUUCGAAAGACGGCUUUUUUAGUCUUCUUUGGUCCGUACUCCGUUCUUUAAUUGUCUGCUGGUUCGGGAGAUCAGGUGUGGGUGCUAAAGCCCAAGCAAAGGAGGCACUUCAGACCUGCGAACUUAAUAACCGGCGUCUGUUUAAUUGUUUGAGAGCAGGUGAAUUUAUGCAUCCCCAUGUAUCCGUUGUAAUUGUUUCAAACUCUCCAGACCUCAAAUUAAACGCUUCUAACGGUUACGACCAUUGAUAGUAGAGCUGGCCUCAAAGUUAUCUAUGAUUUGACCCUUCUAUGUAUGACAUUUUAUGGGGGGAUUUGGGGACGAUUUGUCGAGUUUAACGCUGUGCAUUGUCGGACUGAUUCUUUUCUGAAGUCCUUAUGAGCUGUCUAACCACUGUUUUUGCUAGCCACCCUGGUGUCGUUUCCGGAGAAUACUGUUAAGGAUUUAGAGCGGUCUUAGUUAGGUCUUUCCUCUUCAGCCCUGCUUACAUUACUCGAAUCACCCAAAAAAACUUCAAGUUUCCUCAGUUUGAGCACCUCUUAUUCGAGAUGUUAGUGCGUCCUUUGUUCCACACUAGGUGCGGCUGCGAUCGCGACUGAUCAAAUCAACCGUAGUUAUGACUAACCUUCAGUCUCCGCAUACAUGACGGUUGGCGACGAAGUACCCGGUGAAUUAAUUACAUUCUCCUGUCUCUGCCAAUGAUAUAGGCGAAACCUUAAAGAACUCCGAGUUAGCUUGAGAUCCUGAGGGUCUGUCAAGCCAAAUGCUAAGCUGUCCACUCCUAGACUGCUUCCACUCUUGGAAAGAAGUUGUGUUUAGAGCGAAGUCAUUGACUGCAUGGUGCAGGCGACUGCAAACGUACACACCACUCCAGAGUUCUUCUAGCACGACCUGAUAUGUCCUUGGAAUGUUACAACGAACAAACUGUCGCAUUUGAGCUGUCCGUAUGCUCUGGCCGAAGGACACUUUUCAGGCUACCGUGGGUUAGAACUUUCGGGCUUUUGUCUCCCACUCACAUGUUAAUUCCCCCGUCGCAAUUGACAAGGACCGCUACAAUCCCGAGGUUGCAGCGGUGAAUUGCGCGUGACUCUCGUCGGCAGCUCGGUAGGUCGUGAUGCUCUCGCUCUUUUUCGAGCAAGUAAUCCGGCAGUUUCUAGUUACUCCAACGAGAAGUCCAUUCACGUUGUCAUUUGCGAUUUGGAAAGCGACCAGCCCAUGCCCCAGCAACGGAGACCGAACUCUGAAGGUCAGAGUAUUAUCUCUACUCCUUGACGUAUUGUGUAGAGUCAGAUCUCAGUUGACUUGGACACCUCCAGGUGGACAAUGACGACGAGCUGAGGGCAGCAACACUGAACUUAUAGGACGGACGAGCCCAAACCUCCUCGGCCAUUUUUAUUGGAUGGUCUCGUGAUGUCACAGCGAUUACGAACUGUCUUCUUCGAGACAGAGCCGGUGUACUUCGUUGGAAUUAUGGUUCUCAGAGUAGUGAUCAGCUAUCCCAACUCGAUCCUCGUCUUCCACGCGCACAGCCCAAUAUUCACAACUUUGUAAAAAGAUUGGUCGGUGUACACAGAUCUCUGUGUCGUUGAAGACACUGCGUCGACUUUACAGACACCUAAAGGCAAUAAAAAUCCCACGAGCAACAUCGAUCCGGGAGACAACGUCCUCACUAUCCAUUCAACAAAAGCCUCUGAGGUAUUUGGAACUGUCUACUCCUCUAAGCUGACAGCCACCAAUCUCUGGAGUGCCUUCUGGUCAUAAAUGCAGCUCACAAACUUUUACCUUCCUAGUAUUUAUGGUUCGGGUGACUGGUUUAGCUACAUCACAUUAUACGUCAUUAUAGCUUGAUACGACAAGGGCGACAUCGUCAACGUAGUCGGACUCAGUCGACCGGCACCUCACUGCAAGCUCGAGGGAAUAGACUUGAUCUCGGCAAGAACGAAUCGGAUAAUCCCGACUCAGGUUUUCGGUUCGAUUGGCCUGGCAAUAAGUCCUAUUCAGCGCGAUAAGCUCGCCAUGUGUUCUUCCACUCAUUACUUGCCAAAACGUGUCGUACAUUGGACGGAACGCUACACUAGGGUCGCUGAAGCUAGUAGUUCUCGAUUUCCUGUAGAAUAUGCGGAACUAGGCAAUCCGUCGGAAACGGAGAUAUAAUAAAUUUAUAUUUCUUUGGCGACGUCGGUUUGUCUGGUCUCAGAAAGACAGUCAUACAACUUUUGACGGUGGCAACAAAGCGGCUGUGACUGCAUGGUGACAGAACUCCAGUCAUCUGUCCCUGCCUUUAAUAUACACUGUUGUAUAGCAUUUCAACCGAUCUUACAGAUUUAUGCUAACAAUUCUGUCUCUCCAGAGGCUUUACAUUUGAAAUCUUGAUUACUCCUGCGUCUUCGAACGUCGGCGGCAUGCACAACGCAGUAGAACCACAAGAUAUAACCAGGGCGACAGUUGGACAGAGGAGAGGGGUGUUGAGAGUUUUUGGUUUCAGACAUCCUUAAAAUAUCUUUGUCAAAGGUCCAUCCUCAUAGACCUAUCAUUGAUGGGUUCGCCAGUGCUUCUCUGAGCGAGGUUGCUCUCAGCAAAAAAGCUCCCGGUCUUGUGGUUCGCCUGCCAGCUUUUUGACCGACCAUUUUGGGAGUGUAUCGAAUCGGGGCGAUCUCAGACCAGCCACCUCGUGGGCUGUUCCUAGAGACGUCAGUUUAAACAUUAAUUGUUUGGGAGUAUUGUUGCAAUGCUCUCAUUCUUGAAGACGCACUCACGCCAACAGCUGGGUAAAUUAACAUUCAUUAGAUACUUUAUCUUAGAUAGUUUACACAUCCUCUUAUGUGUACAGAGUUUAACCUUUGAUUUCUUUGGUAUAAAAGACUGGAGCGAUGCUGUCGCUAGACCGCUCUUCAAAAAGCGCGGGAAAUAGCCUUGUAGAAACUACAGUCUCAUAAGCACAUUUGUAUCAUAACUACAGAAAUUAACACCAAAUGUGCAAGAGGCCAUCCAAGACGUAAUUUUGUGUCCCCAAUUUUCGUCCGAGUGACCUUGCCUGCAAUACAUAUCAUUUUCCGCUGCAAAUAAAAUGAGUAAACGAAUGAUCCCCGCGCCCACAGUAGAUACUUUAUGUAUCAUCCUUACUGACGGCUUGCAGGAUCGUGAUUUUUUUGAGUUACCUCCAGGACAGCGUCAUUUUGCCGCAAAUGGACAUUGCACGACAAAAAACCAAAUUCUUCGGGUAGUUUGAGUGUUGCGCUAGUUGCAUAGUACUACCCUUUGGCCCGUCGCGCCUGGUUUGCCGAAUUAAGCAGAUAACUUGUCCUUAUAUCCUGUGUUCUGUUAUUGACUCUGAAUUGGAAUAAGCCGUAAUAAGUUUCGGUUGCCUUGGCUGGUGUUUUUGCGCAAAGAUCGGAUCUAAAAUCUAGGCUGUGUCUGCGCAUCUAUGAGAAUAGAUAUUAUAUUCUUCCAGAAGCUAACUAUAUAUCCUCUCCCUGUAGAUUCAUUCACGCCUCAUAGGCACAAGGCGGAGCCAUAUUCACCGUCUGGAAGAAGCAUACUCUGUUGAUGUCGAGUUCCCUCCCCGGGGAACGACCGGGGAAGCUGCAGACAUCGUCCUGGUCAUGGGUGAUCCUUCAGAUGUUGAUGGUGCCUGCGACGACUUGAUCAAUCGAGCAAAUGAUCUUGUAUGUAAUGGAACGUUCUUUUGCAUUUAAAGAUAGUACCUUAAUGCAGAUUGGUUUUUUGAAUUCCCACCGCUUGACGACAAAAGCGUAAGUGCAUAUUCUGAGCCAAAUCCCAGUUUAUGGUGUUGAUUUCAUAAAAUCCGGUGUCCCCGUUCAUUCGAAUUUUGUAAACCGCUUCACCCUGCGGAUAUUACAAAGUCUUCUCUAUAUCGCGCACAUUUUUUCAGGUGAUCUCUAAUAACCGUGCUAGUCUUCGGACCGUAGUAAAUUUUCACUCUUGCAUUUCUGUUCUAUUGCACGCCUAAAGGAUAUGUGCACUUCUCUAGUGCCGCCAGUUGGUUAAACUAUUAACACCAAUGAGUAGAUUCAGAUUUUCGAGUCCCGUGUACUUUUUAAAUAAAGUUGACUUGUCGGAAUCCGAUAAUAUCAUUCAAUGUGACCUUAUGAGUCCAUCGUCCGACGUACAACAGCUGACUCCUAAUAUGGCAGCUGACAAGUGUCGUUCUUCUUUUUCUUAGAUUAUUACAGUCCACUCGUCAGGGAGUUCGUAGUCAUCACAUAGCGACCCAGAGUUGUAUUUUGCGCCGCGAUAAGAUCUUGAUGCAGAAAACCAGGACUGUUCAAUCGUUAUAUAGAUUUUUUGGCCCUUCCCGUCCGUGCUCAGACCCUUAAGGGCUUCUGAAGGCGAUUAAAGUUGCACCUGUUAAUUAUUUUCUCCAUUUAUUUUUAUUCUUCUUAAAUGCCCUUUAUCGAAUGGAUGGUGGUUCUGCUUCUAGAUGAUCCGCUUGCCAGAAACAGAAACUUCGGAUGGAGCUGUACAUAAUAACCGUCAGGAUUUCGUCGUCAUCGGUGCGCCAUGGGAGAAGUAG